AUGCGAAGCGACGUGGUGAUCAGAGACUACCUUUAUACUUCUGAAUGGCAGCCGAGGGUUAUUGAGGCAUUUCUUUGGAAGGUUAUGGUUGGUCACAUAUUCGACAAAUUCUGGUGGGCGGAUAUCAAUCCCCGGGCCAUGAGCGAGAUCUAUGAUGACUUGGAAAGAAGAACUGCGGCUGAGAUCCAGACUUUCCAGAUGUGGUCUGCCACUACUACCAAGAUGAUCCGCGAUUCGCAAAAACACGGAGAUGGUCCUUCUAUCCGGAGGCAUGCGAGGGAUUUGGAGAAUGUCAUGUGGAAAAUUUAUGAAUCAAUUGCCGAUUACAGCAUCUCGACAAAGGCAAGUCUGACCAAAGACAUCUACGAGAUUCUAGAUGCGGUGAUCGCUCUGGACAAGGAGCUCAGUCAGCCGCUAGCACGGUUUGAGUGGGACUUCCCCAGCCCGGAAUGGGAGUUCGAUCCAAGCUGGAUGCAUCUCGGUGCGGGGGAGACUACUACUGAAGGUGCCGUCAGCAUUGUGCUUUUUCCGGGGAUCACGAAGCGUGGACAAGCUGGGAAUUCUGACCAAUGCGACUUUUUGGUAGACAUCAAGUAG